CAAAUUGUCAAAAUCAGCAUCAUGCCGUCAGCAAAAAUUUUGGCAUGAGUUGUCAAAAAUAAUGUAAAUAAAAACAAAUCUUCAUUAUAUCUUUUAGCUCGCUUUUCAAAUGAUUGAAUGUGAGUCAAGUGAAAUAAUGUCGGAAGAAAUUGAUUAUUCUAGAGAUAGAUAUCCAUUUUGUAUCGUGUGGACUCCAAUUCCCCUGUUGACAUGGUUAUUUCCUCCAAUAGGGCAUAUGGGAAUAGCCCUAUCUUCUGGUGUUAUACGAGACUUUGCGGGACCAUAUUAUGUUUCUGAAGAUAACAUGGCAUUUGGAAGACCUACAAAGUUUUGGCAACUUAAACCGACACUAGUGAAAGGAGGUGUAAGUUCAUGGGAUGCAGCAGUGACAGAAGCAUCAGAUAUCUACAAAGGGAGGAUGCAUAACUUGUGCUGUGAUAACUGUCAUUCCCAUGUUGCUACUGCUUUAAAUCUCAUGCAGUAUGAAAACUCAUCCAGUUGGAAUAUGGUGAAAUUGGCAUUUUUGAUGCUAAUACAUGGAAAGUAUGUUUCCGUUGCAGGAUUUUUGAAAACAUGGAUACCAUUUUUACUCAUUUGUACAUUAAUUUUAGUAACUUAUUCUUUAUCAGUAGGUUUUUAAAUGAAAUAUUGAAAGAC